UCGUCUUCGCAGGCUGUAUUUGGCAGCAGGCUCUCGAGGACCAAGUUGAGAUCUGGAAGAAGACACUUGGGACUCUGUGCUGUGUACAGACUUCAGGAGUGAGUGAAAGUGUGUGCGUGGUGAUUGUGGUGCUAGUGAUAGUGUAGUGUGCGGUUCCAAGAGCGAAACGGUGUGGUACAAGAUUCUGGAGUGGCCAAGCGAUUUUCCUUCUCGGUAGCCGUAGCCGUUGCUGAAAUUAGUGUUGGCAAAGAGGUGGAAGUAAAUGGUUGUGUCUUGAUUCUUCGGAGCAGGUUGCAGUACGGCUGAAAAGAUCGCAUCACCACGUCCCAUAAGGGGGUAAGUGAAACUGCUAACCCCGAAAACAAAACUGAAAAGUAGAAUAAACUUCCCGAAAAAAAAACCUAAUCGUUAAAACCGCUUGAAAAUGAAGUGACAUCGUACCAGCAUCGUUCCGGUAGAUUGAUAUCUCGCCGCCACCACCAGUCAGCCUCGAGAACAAAGUCGUUCAACGCAGGCUCUCAGUGAGUUGCAAUGCAAACACCGGACCCGGGGGGAAACGGCCAAGGACCCACCGCUGCGGCUAAUAACAACUACAACAGUACCACGUCGUCGUCAACUUUGCCGCCGAAACCGCCGCCACCUCAGCAGACGCCACCAUCCGGAUCAUGGGGAUCGCUGAAGGCCAGCAUCCUGCGAUGGCGCGGUUCGAGACGCCUGGUGCUCGUCAUCGUUGCCAUUGCGCUGCUGCUCGACAAUAUGCUGCUGACCGUCAUUGUGCCAAUCAUUCCGGAAUUCCUGUAUGACAUCAGACACCCGGAUGCACCUCUAGCUAGCUUUCCUAAGACUCCACCCCCGACGCUUUCGCCGUGCGAGAAGGAAAGCACCACCCCGUACAAUGGGAUUGACAUCACUACUCCCGGCUAUGAUAACGCAAGUUGGUACGCCGAGCGAGAGGAACGCCACAAGGAGCUGGUGGAGGAAACGGUUGAAGUUGGCCUUAUGUUUGCAUCGAAAGCUUUCGUCCAGCUGCUUGCCAACCCGAUAGUCGGUCCAUUAACGCAUAAGAUAGGUUAUAGUAUUCCCAUGUUCACUGGGUUCGUCAUUAUGUUUGUUUCGACGCUGAUUUUCGCAUUCGGUAGAACGUAUCCCGUUCUUUUCCUAGCUAGAGCAUUGCAGGGUAUAGGUUCGUCCUGUUCGUCCGUGUCCGGCAUGGGAAUGCUGGCCGACCGAUACACCGACGACAAGGAACGUGGCAACGCCAUGGGUAUAGCGUUAGGUGGCUUAGCUUUAGGCGUCCUGAUUGGUCCUCCGUUUGGUGGAAUAAUGUACGAGUUUGUCGGAAAAUCUGCUCCCUUUCUGGUACUAUCAGCCCUGGCACUUGGCGACGGUCUUCUUCAGCUCGUGAUGAUGCAACCUUCGGUAGUUAUCGAAGAAUCCGACCCACCUUCCUUGAAGGCACUGGUCAUGGAUCCAUACAUCAUUGUAGCGGCCGGAGCGAUUACCUUUGCCAACAUGGGAAUUGCUAUGCUGGAACCGUCGUUACCGAUUUGGAUGAUGGAUAACAUGGGUGCCAGUCGGUGGGAACAAGGCGUAACAUUUCUACCUGCUUCUAUCAGUUAUCUAAUCGGAACGAAUCUCUUCGGACCCCUGGGUCACCGUAUUGGACGAUGGCUUGCCGCGCUUCUAGGUCUGAUUAUCAUUGGUUUUUGCCUGCUGCUGAUACCAAUGGCAACCUCGAUCCACCAUCUUAUUCUGCCAAACGCUGGGCUUGGAUUUGCCAUCGGUAUGGUCGACUCGUGCAUGAUGCCGGAAUUGGGCUACCUGGUAGAUAUUCGGCAUUCCGCCGUGUACGGUAGCGUCUAUGCCAUCGGAGAUGUGGCUUUCUGUCUGGGUUUCGCUAUUGGACCUGCUAUAAGUGGUACCUUGGUAAACUCUAUCGGUUUCGAGUGGAUGUUGGUGGGAAUUGCAAUUUUAUGCUUCCUGUACGCACCAUUACUGACACUGCUCCGGGCACCGCCGACCAAGGAGGAAAAGAAGGUAAGCAUCGGUGGCAUCGAGAACGGUGGUCUGACACUGGACAAUGACAAACCGGUUCAGACCGUACUGGGGGGCACCGGCGGUGGCGAUACCGUAAGCGAACCAAACAGCACUCAGGAUCUGACGCAUACGCGACCAGCGACGCCAAUCGGCAAUGCUGCCCAGGAAAGCUACACGACCAAGCUUUAAACGUUCAUUUUUGUUUAAGGUUUUAGUUACGUUUAAGUUUUAUGUUUAAGGCAAUGACGAAUUGAAUGACCAAUGAAUCUUAAUCACAGGAAGUAAUCAUUAAUAGUUGACAACGUGCCUUGCAAAACUGUGCCUUCUCAUAGAUUGUAACUAGCUUUAGUUUAUCGAUUGUUUUUAUGAUCUAACUUUAAGUUAAUAAAAUUCAAGGGUGAAUUGAA